AUGAAUUCGUCAAAACUUCCUCUUUUGAUGUUCACUUUUUCCUUGAUCCUCAUUUUUCAUGCUCCUUUACCAACAUUAGCCACAACGUUGUGUGAGGCUCUAUGCGAAGAGGCUAAAGAGGACAAGGGUAGGUGCCUUCAUCUUCUCAAACUCGAUCCUAGAAUUUUAGAGGCUACAGACAAUAUUGAGAUUUCUAAAUUGAUCCUUGGAUUUGGACUAAGAAAAGCUAAACGUACCCAAAAAUUGUUAAAAGAAAUGAUGGAAACAAACCAUUCACCACUCCUUGCCGAAUGUGCAACUACAAUAUAUGGUGGUAUGCUUUCAUCAUUCAGAAGUUCAAUAGCUGAAUUGACAGUGGAUAGUCUAUCUGCAAACUAUGAUGCUCAAGUGGCUGGUGAUGGAACUAAAACUUGUGAGAAAGUUUUGGCUGAAGCAAAGAUCGAUAAUCCUACAUUUAAUGCUCUAAACAAAGACGUCUUGUUGCUUAGCAAACUUGGAUAUUUAGCCACAAACAAGAUUCCCCAAACUUCAUAA